GGAGCAGCAUCCUCCAAAGAACCGGCAAAUCCGGCGCAUGCAGAUAGCCCGUGAAGAACCUGUUCAACGAUGUGUCUCUGCGAUACACCAGGCUCUGUGAUGCUGUUGGGAGUUUUCUGCAUCAUAGUCAAUGGGAUUGAAUUGAUUGGGUUAUUCGUCGUGACGAAGCUAUUGGAGGCCGUAUAUCCACAACUCGCUACCAGAGAAGCAAGCGCACUUGACUGGGCCUACACGUUAGCUUUUAUUUCAUACUAUGUAGGAAGUGGUCUUCUUUCGAUUGGCCUGAUAUCGGGAGCUAAUUCUUUAAACCGUGGCCUCCUACAAAAAGUUGUGCUUGGGACCAAAAUACGGCUCGUCGUUUUGAUCGUUUUCGCGGCGUUUAGAAUUUACGUUCUAACAACACUAGAUCUCGAUGACCCGUCUGGAAUAGGCAAGGCUAAGUUAAUUGGGCACCGCUCGAUGAGAAACGACUCGUGGAAGCUGGACCCAAGAACUAUGGUGCUGCAGAGCAUCAUAUACCUACCGGGCCCUCAUGUAUUGUCGCUGGCUCGGAAAAAUCCGGACAACAAGACUACAAAUAAAAAAUCCGACAAGAAGGACAAGGAAGAUGAAGAGAAUAAACGCCGCCAGAAGAUCCAAAUCCUGAUAAGGAAUGCAGGGAGUGAGAUCAUACGGUUUUUACUUGAGGUGUUCAUCGUCUACAGAUUGGACCUAUUCGUCAGGAGCUUACCCAAGUAACCGCACAAAGGCUUUCCCAGGGCGCGCCUCGCACACAGCGCGGCACGAUCUCCUACUCGCCCGCGAAAGCCAGGAUUUUGCAUCUCAAUAACAAAUUCAAGGGCGCACAUCAU